GGGAAAUGGGCGGCGUGAGUCAGACACGGGAAAAAGAGACGACUCUCCGCCACUAAAGUGCAGGAUUUCUGGGUUUUUAGAGGAAGAUGGAGCUGGUUUAAGCCCCUAAAGCCGCCAUGGUGUUUCUGCUGCAGCUGCAGCUGUUGCUGUUGCUGUUCCUCCUGCCUGGUAGCAGAGAGUACGAGCAGCACUUGGUGACGUUUCCCAACAACCCUCCCAUCGAGAUGGGCACCAACUUCACGGCCACGUGUGCGAUCGUGGGCACGGACGAGGUCACGGCCGACGAUCUGUACUGGAAACUGUCGACGACUGUGGUCCCGCGGGAAAACUACCGUAAGAUCAACCGUACGGCCCUGGAGGUGACGGUCCUGGUGACGGAGGAGCGGCCCCAGUGGCUCCUCUGCGUCUGCAGCAAACAGUCCCGCUACGUGGACGCCAACAAGGGACGCUUCUACCACGGGAUCUACAUCAAACCGGGAUACCGCCCAGAGAAGCCGGAGAACUUGUCGUGCGUGGCGAACCAGGAAGGAGAAUUCAUCGCCCCCGUCCUGAGCUGCGAGUGGGAGUCGAACGGCCGGCAGACCAAAGACGUUCCUCUGGUCUACACGCUGUUCGUUCAGGACGUCCUCGCCAAUAAAACAUUUAACGCCUCGUCGGAUCAGAAAAGCGCCCAGGUGAAAAUGGGGCCGGCGUUCGGACACUUCAUGCCGCUGAACGUGUGGGUGGAAGCGCAUAACGACCUGGGAAGAGUCUCGUCGGAUCACCUGGAGAACAACGGGAACUUCUUUGUGAAGACUCGUCCUCCGUCCAACGUGUCUCUGAUUUCUGAGGAGAACUUUCCCACGUCUCUGCUGAUAAACUGGAGUCAUCCCAUCGCCGGAGUUUACCUGAGGUUAAUUUAUCACGUCCGGUUCUGCCCACGCGGAUCUCACGUCUGGAAUUACGUUCCCCGGGCAGACACCAGUAAAUACAUCAGCUCGUUCCGGCUCCAGAACCUCCGUCCCGACACCGUCUACUCGGUUCAGGUUCGCUGCAAACACUCGGAUCACGGUGUCGGUUACUGGAGCGACUGGAGCAACAACUCCACCCGGAGAACGCACGAGGACCGACCGUCCAGUAAACCUGAUCUGUGGAUGAACGUCAUUCAGAGCAAAACGAAUGAACGACAAGUGCAGAUUCUGUGUAAGGAUCCUGAGUUUUCCAACGGGAAGAUCCUCAGGUUUGACUUUAAGGUCCAGAAUCAGGCGGACCGAUCCGGGAACGGGACGGACUGGGAGAGUUUUCCCGUUAACGGGUCGGAGGACGAGGACGGGUCGGGGGACGACCCGAGAAACCCCGUCCUGCUCAAAACCCUCGUCCUCUCCGACAAACAGUCCAUCAAAGUUCGAGUCAUCGCCGUCAACUCCGUCGGAGCUUCGCCUGAAGCUUUUCUGGUCCUGACGGCCAAAUCUAACGAUCCGUCCCCGGUCCAGAACCUGCAGGUCCAUUCUCUCCUCGGCCGACUCUGGCUGGACUUUAAACCCAGAAACAACAACACGUUUCUGUCGUCAGAAUACGUGAUGGAAUGGACGGAUGGAGGAAACGUGGACUGGCAGAGAGAGAAGAAGAACACGCACCGCGCCGCAAUUAAAGGCGACCUCAAGCCCUUCGUUUGCUACAACGUGUCGGUUUAUCCGGUUUAUUCUGGACGGGUGGGGAAGCCGACGAGGACGGAGGCUUUUCUGGAGCAGGGAGCUCCGUCGUUGGGCCCGUCCGUCAGGCUGAAGGGAAACGCCCGUCACGACUCGGCCGAGCUGGAGUGGGAGGAGAUUCCUCUGCAGAACCGACGAGGAUUCAUCACCAACUACACCGUCUCCUACCGGGCCGGCAACCGUGAGACCAACCACGUGACGGUUCCGGCCAACACGACCUCGUACACGCUGACGGGGCUGCAUCACGACACCAGGUACGACGUUUGGAUCCGAGCCUCGACUAUCCGGGGCUUUAAGGACGGGAACAGUCACUCCUUCACCACGCUGAAGUACGGUCCUGGGAUGAUUGAGAGCAUCAUCGUGGCCGUGAGUCUGGGAUUCUUCAUGUUCUUCCUGCUCUGCCUCUACAAAAGAGACCAAAUCAGGGAAAACUUCUGGCCCCAGAUUCCUAAUCCUGGAGAGAGCACGAUCGGGAACUGGUCCCCCGACUGUUCCACAAAGGAAGAGAGUGAGAAGGAGAGCUGCGUGUCCGGCAUCAGCGUCCUGGACGUGUGCGAGUCCAAGCCCGGCCCGGAGGAGGACAAGGCCAGCCUGUCCCUGAAGAAGGACAAGUAUCUGUCGGAGGAAAACAGCUCCGGCAUCGGCGGCUCGUCCUGCAUGUCGUCGCCGCGCCAGAGCGUGUCGGACAGCGACGAGGCCGACGCGGCCGACACGUCGGCCAGCACCGUGCAGUAUUCCUCGGUGGUGGCGCCGCGCGGCUACAAGGGCCAGACGCCGGGAUCCCACGGAUCGCACGGGUCGCAGACGCAGACCGGCGUGUUCUGGCGCUCCGAGUCCACGCAGCCGCUGCUGGACUCGGAGGAGAACCCGGACAUGUCGGUUCAGGACAGCAGACUCUUCCAGCGCUCCCCCGGCUCGUCCUGCUUCACGCCCGGCGACGGCGAGGAGCAGCCGGAGUGGGAGCAGCAGGACUUGAGCUCCGUGGAGGAGAACGGGGAGACGACGGCCGUCCCCGACAGGCUGACGGACGUCCUGCCGGCGGGAGCUCCGGGAGCUCCAGGGGCUCCGGCCUCCAGCUACAUGCCCCAGCUGGGCGGCUACCGGCCCCAGUGACGACACCAACCCCACGCUUUGGUGCCUCUCGCUUUAUGUGCACUGCAAAAACUCAUAAUCUUACCAGGAAUAUUUGACUUAUUUCUAGUUGAAAUUUUGUGAAAAAAGAUUAAAUGACAAGAAAAAAGGAGGGGUAGGUAGCCGAGAAAAAGACGAAAUGUCGAGAAGAAAGUUGAGAUUUUGAGGAAAAAAAAGUCGAAAUUUUGAGAAAAAAGUCAAAAUUUUGAGAAAAAAGUCAAAAUUUGGUGAAAAAAGAUGAAAUGUCGAGGAAAAAAGUCGAAAUUUUGAGAAAAAAGUCAAAUUUUUGUGAAAAAAGAUGAAAUGUCGAGGAAAAAAGUCGAAAUUUUGAGAAAAAAGUCGAAAUUUUGAGAAAAAAGUCGAAAUUUUGAGAAAAAAGUCAAAAUUUUGUGAAAAAGAUGAAAUGUCGAGGAAAAAAGUCGAAAUUUUGAGAAAAAAGUCAAAUUUUUGUGAAAAAAGAUGAAAUGUCGAGAAAAAAGUCAAAAUGUCAAGAAGAAAGUCGAAAAAUUUCGAAAUUUUGAGAAGAAAGUCAAAAAUUUGAGAAAAAAGUUGAAAUGUCAAGAAGAAAGUCAAAAUGUUAAAUUGCAGCUAAAAUGUCUCAUUUUUGUCAAAAAAAUCUAAAAUAAAAAAAAAUUACACUUAAAACAAGACUCAUCACUGGAAAAAACAACAAUUUUCACCUGUUUCAAGUAGUUUUUCACUUAAAAUAAGUAGGAAAAUUUGCCAGUUGGACAAGAUUUAUCUUCUCAUUACAAGCAAAAAAAUCUUGUUCCACUGGCAGAUUUUUCUACUUAUUUUAAGUGAAAAUCUACUUGAAACAGGUGAAAAUUGUUGUUUAAAGUCAUGCUAGCCAAUCAGAAUCCUGGAAAAAAUAUCAACAAAUGACACGAGUAACUUUCAGUUACUUCCAAGAUGAACAAGAGUCUUUCGUUUGGAGUGACAGAGAAGUGGAGUUACUUCUCGACAUUUCAACUCAUUUCUUAAAAUUUCGACUUUUUUCUCUAAAUUUUGACUUUUGUCUCAAAAUUUCGACUUUCUUCUCGACAUUUCGACUUUUCUCAAAAUUUCGACUUUUUUCUCCAAAUUUUGACUUUUUUCUCAAAAUUUUGACUUUUUUCUCAAAAUUUCGACUUUUUUCUCAACUUUUUUCUCAAAAUUUUGACUUUUUUCUGGACAUUUCGACUUUUUUCUCGAGCUCCGGUUUUGGUGCCUUUUUCUGACGUCAUGUUGUCACUUCAAGUCUGUGGUUCCAGCCAUGAAGAGCGUUCCCUGUGUUCUUUUGCAUUUACACUGCAAAAAUUCAAAAUCUUACCAGGAAUAUUUGUCUUAUUAGAUGCCUCGUGGCUUUAUUGUUAUCCUGCGUGUUUAUUUAUUCAUUUUCCGGACAGAUUUCGGUUCGCUACUCCUAUAGAUUUCGGAGGACCCAAUCGCAUCAUAUAUCAAAACGUGCGGUUCGAUCGGGAAUAGUGGUGUUGAAAUUCCCAUUUUUCCCAAAGUUAUUCCCAGAAAAAAAAACGGCCAAAAAACCCCAUUCAAAGUGGAUGGGAGGAGGUAAAAAAAAAAAAAAGAAUUCACUUUUUUUCUGAGUCACCUAGCUUUCUCAUACCUGCACGUAAAAAUGUCAUUCAAACUUCAAAACGGAGGAAAACUACUAUUCUCUCCAAAACACUAAACAGUUUUUUCCUAAGAUGUACACUUUUCAAAAUAUGAGCACACAAGCGAGGACUGGAAAUCACUUUUUCGUCAAAUCUAGAGUGCGGGUGUCGGUUGGUAGAGUGUGAGAAACAGUUAAAAAUAACCUGAAUUUUUAUUUGUAACUCGAGCUCAUGGCCAAACCGUAAAAAGGAGACAAAUAAUUUUUGGUCAGAAUGUAGACAUAGGUGUUGGGAUUCAUAAAAUGUGACUUUGACAGGCGGGGUAUGCACAAAAUUUAAACGGGAGGGGCUAAAGCGGCGCCAAUACCUGUCUCCGUCCCCAUUGACUGUAAUGUAAUCAAACGUUUUCUUCAAAAGAAUCUCACUCUGUCUUCGCACUGAGCUUACUCACUCAUUUUAAGGAAUAUCUGAAUAAAAUUAAGAUUGUCAGAAUCUGCCGGGUUCUGUGUCUCUCACGAUGUCUUUGUUUUUCUGCUACGAGCUACGGUUUGAUCACAAAUCGGAGUGAUUUUAGACCUUAAAACAAGAGUCAUCACCAGAAAAAUAACUUAUUUGACAAUUUUUCACCUGUUUCAAGUGAAUUUUCACUUGAAAUAAGUAGAAAAAUCUGCCAGUGGAACAAGACUUAUCUUCUUAUUACAAGCAAAAAAAUCUUGUUCCACUGGCAGAUUUUUCCACUUAUUUUAAGUGAAAAUUUACUUGAAACAGGUGAAAAUUGUUUUUUCCAGUGAUGAGUCUUGUUUAACGUGUAAUGAAUUUUUUUUAAUUAGAAAUAAGACAAAUAUUCUUGUUAAGAUUUUGAGUUUUUGCAGUGCUGACAAUGUCCAUCGGAACAUACAGUUUUUGUUGCAGUUUUUUUAUAUAUAUAUGUUACAAAUCCACCCAUUUUGUGUAAAUGUAUUAUCUUCACUAUGAAUACUUAAAGCUUGGCCUUUGUAAAUAAAAUAAAAAUGUACCACCAGGUAAAUCAAUUGACUGUUUUAAUUC